CCUACUGGCUAGCUGGAGUGUUCUUGUACAAACAUUAGUGCCAUUUCAAUGGUUUUUACCUACCAUGCUGCUUCUUGAGUUCUUUCUUGUGCUUUAUCAUUAAUUGGUGCCAUCCUAUCUUUCAUGCAGAUUCGUCGCCAGAGUUCUAUGUCUAACGUGGAUAAUAGCCCACAAUCUUUGCUCGCAUUCAAUGGAAACCAGAAUGUGCAUGGGUUAUAUGAUUUUCUAUUAAAUUAUAGAUUUUUAUUAACCUCUUUGACUAGUAUGGAUGUUCCUGUAUUAUAUUCACCAGUACCAUUUCAAAACGCUGCCCUUUCUUGUCCAGAGGUUAGAUGCAAGGAAGUGAGAAGGGCUGAUAAUAUAUCUUUUCCUCUAAAGGAAUUCAACAUGAAAGAUGAAUCUUCAUCUUCUGGUUUCUGCUAUAGCAUUGAAAUCAAGGAUGCAUAUCUUCCUCCAUGGGUAAUCAGCAGUUUUUGUGAAGCCAUGUGCUCUGAGGGAAUGAGCUUUGAGGCAAGUUUUGGUGACAUGCAGUUUUGUUACGGAAUCUACCACAACUGGGUUGAAUGUUGGCUUCGAGACCAUUUGCCAGAAAGUGAAUCCUCAUCAACCCACAGCAGUUGAAGGCUUGCAAGAAAGUAGAAGCGCUUAUGGUAUUUCAAACACCAUUUUUUCUCUUCACUUGCGUUCUGCCUUUCUAAAAGGUUUGAAGUACAAUAAUGGUUCUUAUACAGCUUCUGUUUCAUCCGUUUGACAUUCUAUUUUAUGUCGUCUUUACCAUAAAUGAAACAGUGAACUCUUGUUUUCACGACAUAAUGGUGAUUAUUUUUGCCCUUUCGGUUUUUGGUAGAAAAUGCUAACCAUUUCUGUAUUUGAUGUAAUGUUGUUGAAUUGUUUGAUCUACACUUUGAUUGAAAUUGUAAUUUUAUUUAACCCAGAUUAGAAGUUAAAAAAAAAGGAAGAAAAGAAUUGAAACAGUUGUUAAACUACUGGCAAUUUUUAAACAGUAACAUUGGUAUAACAGAAGUAGGGAACCAUGUAAGCAUCACAUAGACAAAGAAAACGCUUCAAAACGUUUGGUUU